CUGGAUAAUCCGCAUAAUUCCAAUUUGUAUUAGAGUCCUUGACCACGAAACAACUCGGUAUAUUAAGACGAGUUUCGAAGUUGUUUUUGUAAAUAAAGAAGUCGGAUGAAAAUCAGUUGUCGAUGAAUUGUUGUGUAGUGAGGUCGCAAUGAAUCCACAGUCGAAAGCUUUGAUGGCCGCCUGUUUGGUGGCGGCACUGGUGUCGUUCGUCCAAGCCGUUAAACCAUCCCCCUGUCCCGAACAGUUCCAGUACGAGGGUGGGGAACAGGGCCAACAAUGGGAGGGAACUCUAAAACUGGCGACCGACGACGAAUUGCAAGGACUCUGGAUCCGGGUCAAAUUCGAUACGACCGUGAAAGAGAUUGUUCUGCCCCCCGGAUUCGAUGGCCAGGUGGAAUCCAGAUCACCUACGAACGACGAAUUAUUAAUUAAAAAUCCCAACUUCGUCCUAUCGCCGAAAUCUCCAACCAAUGUCAGGAUAAUUGUUAAAUAUGAUGGUAAUAAAGUCCCAAGCCUAACAGGUUAUCGAUUGAAUGCUAGAACAGUGUGCCCAGAACAAGGAGGUGAACCAGCUGAUAUUUUCCAAAAUGACGUAAACAGCAAAGAUUUCCUUUCCGAAGUUUUGAUCAAACCCAAAUCCUCGUCGCUUCCGAAGUUCGAGUGCGGGAAAACAAGUCCAAAAUCUGAAUAUCCAUGGCAGGCUGCCAUCUUUUUGAAGGAAAAUGACAAAUCCCGUUAUCUAUGUGAAGCGACGCUGAUCACUCCCAGACACGUACUUACAGCUGCACACUGCGUCACUUACAGAGGAAGCCAAGAUAAAAUCACGCUUCCACAGCUGAGCGUUUCUUUCGGAAAAUCCGACCUCAACAACGAAGUGAAAUCGAAACAAGAUUUGGGUGUGGUCAGCAUCAAGGUGCAUCCGGGCUAUCAAUUCGCCAAUCUCCUCAACGACAUCGCCGUUGUUGAAUUAAGCUCCAAUGUUAAUAUCGACGAUUUUGUACGACCGAUUUGUCUGCCUGAACUUAGCGGCGAAGCUGGAUUGAAAAACGUCAUCGUCGGAUACACGUUGGAUAAAAGCUUGAACAUCGGCAGUAAAUUGGAGUCUGUCGAAGUUAAGGAAAUUAAGGCGGACGAAUGCGAACAGAGAUUGGCUGAUGUCAGUCCCCUCAUUGGAGAUAAUACUUAUUGCGCUUCCUAUAUAUCAGAUGAAUCCCGGUGUGUGGGCGACUCCGGCAGCGGUGCGGCCUCGUUACGCAGCACGGGCAACGUCUGGGAAUUGAGGGGCAUCGUAACUCUUGGAGUUGCACUUCAGGAUAAAUAUGUAUGCAACAAAGCCGCGACUGUCGUCCUAACCGGCGUGCCCAAUUUCACCAGAUGGAUCCGCGCAGCCACUUUAUAAGUGACCCCGAUUUUAUUUAUGUGUGCAAUGUAUUUUUAAAACUAUUCCGACGUAUUGAUUUCCUAAUUUCUUUUCUUUCUUUAAGGUUUUGACGUUGAAUAAAUUUGAUUUAAAUUUU